AUGGUGGCCUACAUUUCUUUGCGGGUGUUUACCAGGAGGACCAGCUACACCCUCCUGAGUAACAGCACAGCCUUGAUGCACAGACGGACAUAUUCAACCCCGGCGAAGCAGCUGGACACGCUGCCCCUGUCGGGUAUUCGGGUCGUGGACAUGACCAGGGUUCUUGCUGGACCGUAUUGUACACAGAUUCUCGGCGAUCUAGGGGCUGAAGUUAUAAAGAUUGAGCAUCCCGUGCGAGGAGACGACACCAGGGCCUGGGGACCUCCGUUCGCCAAAUAUAAAAAAGGAACAAAGGACGGCCCGGGAGAGAGUGCAUAUUACCUAGCUGUUAAUCGGAACAAAAAGUCGCUCGCCCUCUCCUUUGCACACCCUCAAGGGACUGAAAUAAUUCAUAAACUGGUCAAAAACGCAGAUGUGCUCGUUGAAAAUUAUAUCCCCGGUUCUCUGAAGAAAUAUCAACUAGACUACGACACACUUAGCACGAUAAACCCGCGUCUGAUUUACGCCAGCAUUACUGGAUAUGGCCAAACAGGGCCUUAUAGCAAACGAGCGGGCUAUGAUGUGAUGGUUGAGGCUGAGAUGGGCCUGAUGCACAUUACUGGGUCCCGAGACGGGCCUCCAGUGAAAGUUGGCGUCGCUGUGACCGAUUUAACCACCGGCCUGUAUACAUCGAACGCCAUCAUGGCUGCCCUUUUGGCCCGAAUGAGGACUGGCAAAGGACAACAUAUUGACUCUGCCUUAUGUGAUUGUCAAGUAGCUACGUUGUCUAAUCUUGCUAGCUCCGCACUGAUCAGCGGCGAAAAGGAUUCGGGUAGAUGGGGGACUGCCCACCCAUCUAUUGUUCCAUAUCGAGGAUAUAAGACUAAAGAUGGCGAUAUUUUACUGGGCGGUGGGAACGAUAAUCUAUUUGGCAUUCUCUGCGAACAACUUAAUCACCCUGAGUGGAAAACAGACCCUCGAUUCAGUACUAACAAUCAGCGUGUGAAAAACCGUAAGGCAAUCGACACCCUAAUUGAGGAAACCCUGAAGGAAAAAACAACCCGGCAAUGGCUCGAAAUUCUCGAAGGUAGUGGUAUGCCGUAUUCGGCCAUAAAUGAUAUUAAAGGAACUCUCAACCACUCUCAUGUUCUGGCACGUGGCAUGGUACAAGAGGUUGAGCAUCCUACAUGUGGGCCAAUUAAGCUUGUUAAUACCCCCGUGAAGUAUUCACACGCAACCCCUGGCAUCCGAACACCCCCGCCAACUCUUGGGGAGCAUACUACCGAAGUCCUCCAAGAUUUGGGACUUGGUACAAAGAGCAUAGAUCAAUUACGACGUGACGGUGUUGUCUCAUGA